CGUAUAUAGGGAAUAGCCUGAGGGGAAUCUGGGCCUUAGACAAUCAUCUGCCCCGCAUUCAGCUCCUGCCUCUCGAUCGAGUCCACUCACAACCUGAAAUCCCUGCCCCACCAUUGCCAGUUCGACCCCGCCACCACCUGUGCGACGGUCACCCUCUGAAGCUUGAGCAUCCUGGGCUUGGGACGGCUGCACUUCCAUCAUCAGCAAGAGACUAUUCUGUGCUGGCCCCUCUCACCCUGUACAGAUACACAAUAUGCGAUUCGCAUCGAAAAGGCAGACCGUUGAGGCCAUCGACGAGGAGGCCGGCGUUUCGCUCCUCAUCAUGGAGCCAGAGGACAUGUGGCAUGCCAACAAUCUGAUCGCCGUGGGCGAUGUCGUUAACGCUCCUGCGUUUCGCAAGGUCACCAUGACAACGACUACAGGUUCUGCGACAGUCAAGAGCGUGCGCACGAAUCUGUCCAUCAAGGUCAAGUCGACCUUCUUUGACCCCCUAGCGUCGGAGCUGAAGGUCUCGGGCACCGUCGUCAACGAGAACGAGUGGAUUGCCGGAUGGGAUUCGGUGGCACUGCAGACACUUCGAGAGGCGCUCAGCGAGGACAGGCCCGACGCGGUGGUUGCCGUCGUUAUGCAGGAGGGCCUUGCCAACAUCUGCUUAAUCACCGACAUCCGAACCAUCGUCAAGCACCGCAUCGAAAGCUCGAUUCCGAAGAAGCGCGCAUCAUCAAAGGACACAGCGGGGGGAAUGGCAUCCUUUUACGAGAAGACGUUGUCAACCCUGCGCAAUGCUGUCGACUUCAGCACCUCUCGGACGUUAUUGCUUGCAAGCCCUGGCUUCGUCGCCCAGGAUUUCCGUGCCUACAUGCAAUCCGAGGCAUCCAGGACAGCUGACAAGGCACUGCAACGCAUCGCAAAGGAGGCGGUCGUGGUACACUCCAGCACCGGCCACGUCCACAGCCUGAACGAAGUUCUCAAGAGCCCAGAAGUGCAAAAGACCAUGCGCGACACGAGGUUUACAACCGAGACGAUGCUAAUGGACCAAUUCUACGACCGCUUGCGCAUGGACGACGGGAGGGCGUGGUACGGGACAAAACCUGUCGAGAAGGCAAUCGCUGAAGGCGCAGUUGGCCGCGGAGGAGGGGUUCUGCUGAUCAAUAAUGCGCUCUUCAGAAGCAUGGACGUGGCGACGAGGAAAAAGUAUGUUGCUCUUGUGGACAAGGUCAAGGAGGACGGCGGAGAGGCCCGGCUGCUUAGCAGCGACCACGAGAGCGGCCAGCGGUUGGAUGCGCUGGGCGGGAUCGCGGCGAUUUUGACAUAUCCGAUUCUCGAUCUCGACGAAGAUGACGAGGACGAGGAGGCGGCAGACGUAGAAAUAUCGGCAGAGGGAACUACAAUAUUAUAGCCCUUUGAGAGGACCUGGGUUUCCACUUUCGAGAGAUUCCCUUCCCUCCGUCACUUGUGUCGGUGAAAUUUCCGGAAUGCUGUGACACAGCUUCGUUUG